AUGCCAGGUGUUUCCGUUAGAGACGUUGCUGCUCAAGAAUUCAUCAACGCUUACGCUUCUUUCUUGCAAAGACAAGGUAAGUUGGAAGUUCCAGGUUACGUUGAUGUUGUGAAAACUUCUUCUGGUAAUGAAUUACCACCUCAAGACUCUGAAGGUUGGUUCUACAAGCGUGCUGCUUCCGUGGCUAGACACAUCUACAUGAGAAAGCAAGUCGGUGUUGGUAAGUUGAACAAGUUGUAUGGUAACGCUAAGAACAGAGGCUGCAGACCUCAAAAGCACGUUGAUGCAUCUGGUUCUAUCAACAGAAAGGCAUUGCAAGCUUUGGAGAAGAUUGGUGUUGUGGAAAUCUCACCAAAGGGCGGUAGAAGAAUCUCUGAAAACGGUCAAAGAGAUUUGGACCGUAUCGCUGCUCAAACUUUGGAAGAGGAUGAAUAA